CAAUGUUUACAAUGGCGAAAUCGUUUCUGUGAUUCACUCAUUUGGAUUAGUCGCUACUGUUAGCUAACAGAGAAACGGUUUAAUUUCGUGAUAACAUUUAGUUGAACUUAAAUCUUAUUUAUCUUUAGAACGAUGUGAUAUAAACCUAGAUAGUUUUUACGUGGUGCGGAGCCGUUUGCUCUGAACUGCUAGGAAAUGCACGAGAUAAAGUCAAGGACUGAUACUGAGACUUCACCUCUUUCUGCAGAAGCUGUCCGGGCAGAAAUCCGCAAAAAUCCGUUUUUCGGAAAAAGAGUCCGGAACUUUGACGGAGAAAAUCCACGAAAAUUUCAGAAAAUCUCUGAAACUGUGACACGUAGAAGUGUGUCCCAGCCAGUUUUUAGUGAUGAAGCAGCAAACUGGUAUAAAGAUGUCGAUUAUCGACCAAAAUCGAAUAUAUUGACGCAAGAUAUUCGACCUACGUCGAGUUUAUCGAGCCUCGAUGGCAAAUUUUCAUCUGAAUUCUGGUCGAAUGUUCGACAGGCCUCAGCAGCAGCCUCUUCUCCAUUACCUGGAACCUCGAGAACCUCAAAAUCUACCUCAACAGACUCGAAAUCGGCCUUUACGGCCUCGAAAUCAACUCCAGAUUCCUUUAAAUCAACGUUUAUAGCCUCAAAAUCAACCAAAGAUGCCAUACUCCAAUCAUCAAAUGCUGUGAAAAAUAAAUCUACCGAGGCUGAUUUUUUAUCUUCAGAGGAUGUGGAUGACCCCCCAGCCAUAUCUGGAGAUGACCAAGGUUUCUUGGUUACUGGUCCGCCCUCAAGUAGUCAGGAUGUUGCGAACAAGUCGAAUCCGUCCGGUCCUGUUUAUGAUUACAAUUACUCUGAGAAAAUGUUCUGUGGAGAAACUGAUUCCUUCAGAAUCAAAUUCAAACUUCAAGAUCUGCAUAAGGACUGGGAGAUUGAUGAUGAGGGGGAGGAACUCCUGAGGAAAGAGCAGUCCUCUAAAUAUGCUCAUCUUUACAGGAGGAAACCUUGUAAGAUAUCAACUGUUCUCAACGCCAGGCCGGGCACUCAGCGGAGACUUCAACGAAGUAACCUGGCGAAUAUCUGUGACUUCUACACAGACGACCUCGAGGUCUCAGAUACAGAGCAGGAGGCUGUAGAGGAGGCUGUCAGGGCAAAUAACCUCCAUCAGAUGGAGGAGAAAAGUAUCAAUAAGAAACAUCCAAACAGGAAUGUGUCAAAACAUUUUCCUAGACGUCAAAACUUCAGUGAACGUCAGCUCCAGGAGUUUUAUCGUAAAUAUAGUGAGGACAAUAGGAUUUACUCUAAGAGUAAGGUUUGGGAUGACAAUGUACUGGACGCUAUUUUCUCAGGGUUAGAGAAACUUACAAGAGAAAGGAAUACUGCAGAAGACACGGAAACAUCACUGACUUACGAUCAAGAUUCUCCGGCACCGAUUUCGGCGGGCAAUUCUCCGACAUAUAGUUCGCCGAAGUAUGGACCAUCUACUUCCUUUGUGCUCGGUCAGGGACAGUUUGUUCGUCCUGUCACACCCUCUAGUUUAGGACGAAGUACUUCUCCAGAACUACCUAGCAUUCGAUCAAGUACUCCAGGACUAACUAGCAUUCGAUCAAGUACUCCAGGGCUAUCUAGCAUUCGAUCAAGCACUCCUGAACUACCUAGCAUUCGAUCAAGUACUCCAGGACUACCUAGUAUUCGAUCAUAUACUCCAGGGCUAUCUAACAUUCGAUCAAGCACUCCUGAACUACCGAGCAUUAGAUCAAGUACUACAUGUAUGCCUUGUGUUGUGACCCUCAGUACUCAGAGUUCACUUAUCCGUCCUUCACCUUCUAGAUCUUCAUCCUCUCCAGUUCUAAACCUGGUUCCUGUGAGUAUUGAGAACCUACCUUGGAGAAUCCGAAACCGUGGACUCCAUUCCGUCUCACCCCUUCCACCCACUCCGUCCCCGUCCUUGGAUCAAACCGCAGUAUUUUCCCCGAUGCCCCCGCUCUCUCCUCUCCCCGUCACCACCAACUUUGUCUCAUCCUCUGGUCAAUCAAAACCUUCUGAAACUCCUCUUAACUCAUUUUCAAAUAUUUUCCUACCUCUUACUCCUACCCCCACCCCUCCUUCUGUCCCAUCCUACCCUUUCGCUCUUACUCCGACUCCUUUUAGUGUAUCCAAAAGCUCCUCUAUUAACUAUGCUCCAACGCUUUCACCAAUACCGUUUCCUGCAAGUAGUUCACCGAUACCUAAACACAUCCCAACUACGCCAGAUAUCCCAACUUCCAACCCAUAUCCAAUCUCAACUUCGAAACCAUGUCCGAUCAAAACUUGUAUAGAUAUCCCAGCUUCAACAGAGUCGACGCUGCCUCUUCCUCUUGAAGAUUUUCUAAGAGUUAUGAGAACACCUCUUCCACGACCUCACUCACCUAUACCGCCCUCUCCCACCCCACCUUCUCCCAUACCUUCCCCAUUCCCUCCAUUAUUAGAUUAGAAUCUUUAUUGUUAUAAUUGAUCUCGCUUCCAUUCUGUCAAAGAAACCUGCCAAAUUAUCUCUUUGUUUUGCGGAUUUUUGUAAUUCAGUUUAAUUGUAAACUUUGUAAUAUGUGCAAUAUUAAGAGAGCUUUAUCAACAAAUAGAAAAUAUAUUUUCAUUUAUUUUGAA